GUCUUGUCAUGUACUAUUUUCUUUAAUUCUUAUCCUUACUUGCCACCUCAUCUUUUCUUCUCCUGCAACGUGUAUGAUGAAUCAGAUAUUUAUCAAUAUUGUAUUUCGAACCACAAAGCCAAUAAUUGCUGCGGUAGGCUUACGUUAUAUAACAAAAAUACAAUUUUACGGUUUUCCCCAAUAAAGUCAUUUUCCUUCUUUUAUUUUCUCGUUUUUUUAGUUUUUCUUUUUAUCAAGUUAACGAACCUUUAUAUGUCAAGCAUUCCUGAAAGUUUUAUACGGGCAAACGGCAACAGGCUUAUUAUAAAUCGUACUCAUCUUCUUGAAGUACCUAAUAUACUUUUGUUUUUGCUUUAAAUUUUUGCUAUAAAGAAAAGAGAAAAGAUAAACGACGCCGUAUGAUGAAAGAAAAAGUGGGGAAAAGAAGAUAAUAAUCGGAUAAAUAAAUAAAUAAAAUGACAAGACAGUGGAUUGAUUACUGGGACAAAAUUCACAUCUUUGUAACUUUGUGAACCGAAGGAUGGUGAUUCAUUCAACAUCAUCAUAAAGUAAGAAGAUUCAAUCCACCUUCUUAAUUUCGCAGUCAGAUCUUACCACCCGCACCAACUUUCCCAUCAAUCCCUGGUGAGAAUUGAGAUACUUUACUUUCAGUUUCUUCCUUCUCUCUCAUCUUCGUAUGUUUUCAAUACUCUUCUUAAAUCUUAAUCACUCACUCUUUGUGUAUGUGUCGCUAUUGCUAUUAAAGACGACAGAACUCCAUCUCCAUGGUGGAUUAGUAAUUACUCAUGUGUUAAAUUAUUAGUUAUUUCAAAGAUGUUUGUGUUUCGCGAAUUUCCGUCUGAGAUGAAACCCGAUUUCUAGAAAAAUAUCAUAAAAAUCUGCAAGGUUUGACUGAAAACGCUGAUCAAUUAAGUCGAGCAUAGGAGUAAGGGCUUAAUAUUGCUAUUCACUUGUUUUGGUAUAGAUAUAGUAUGCAGUGUCAUCUGAUGAAAUGGUGAAACUGUAUAUAUGUGUAUAGGUGUAUUACUGAAGCAAUUAAUGGAAUAAGUGAGUAAUGGCUGCAGCUGAAGCAAGAGCAGCAUGGCAACGAACUGCAAACCGUUGUUUUGUCCAAGAAGAUGCAAAAAGGGCUCCCAAAUUAGCAUGCGUCCCUCCAGCAUCCUCGUCUUCAUUGUUUAAACAAGGGCAAACCGACACUAGUAGACCUACUACAAACGGGAAUGGGAUGGACGAUUUUGCCCCUCCCACUGCCAACUCCAUGUACUCGAAUCUCUCUUCAGACUCAAGGUGGUGGCUUCAUUUGCAGCCUAACCCUAGUAACUAUAUGUACCAAAAGGAGCAGGUCAGCAGCACAUUGGAAUUUGUCGACAUUAUGGAUUCUGAAUCAAGUGUGAAGGGUUGUGAUUUAGGGGAAGAGUCUUAUGAGUUUGUGGAGAUGGAUUCUGGUUCUAAACAAGUGGAUGAGUUCAGUUUGGGGUCUGAAUUCCCUCACUGGAUGGAAAGGGAGACUGAGAAUAGCCAUGAGGAGCUGGCGCUGCCAUGGUGGCACAAAGAUGACCUGGCAUCCUUUGUGGCACAGAGAUCACAAGAUUUCAUGGAGAAUUGUGAUCUGCCUCAGCCUCAAAGUUCAAACACAAGUUUCACCUGUUUUGGACUUUCAAAGCCACAAAAUUCAGCAAGCAACCAUGGUAUCGCUGUCAGCCCUUUAAGUACUAGUACAGUAGUGGUUGAUGAAGGAGGUGAGAUGGAUCCAAGCAAGCGAAAGCUGUUAGAAGCACUCUGUCAUUCUCAAACACGAGCAAGGGAAGCAGAAAAAGCAGCAAAACAGGCUUACCAGGAGAAACAACAUGUUGUGAAGCUCAUAUACAAACAAGCUUCUCAGUUAUUUGCAUAUAAGCAAUGGCUCUAUCUUCUACAACUUGAGAAUCUUUAUAACCAAAUCAAAGCAAACAAGAUCCCAUCAGCUUCUCCAUGGAACAUGCCUCCUCGAAAGAAACCUCCCAAGAGGAAAACACGAGGAGGACCCAAAGAAGAAGAUGAUGAUGAUGAUAUAAUCGGUAAGUAUGCCAUGGCUUUUGCUGUUGGAUUAGGGCUUGUUGGUGCAGGUUUGCUUCUUGGGUGGACUGUUGGUUGGAUGUUUAUCAUUUAGUAUGUUUCAAGCAAUUAAUUGUAAGACCUAGUCCUAGUGUACAAAACUUGUUUUCUUCCAGUUCUUAGCUAGCAGACUGAUGUAUAUAAAUAUAGUUUUGUAAUGAGUUUGCAGUUAAACUCUCGUGUUCAUCAUGUGUCACAAUCUCAUAUAUGGAUAAUCGUAUUAGUAACUUCCAGUCAGUUAGUCUCUAUUUGCCAAGUCAUGUACAUAUAAAGAUCUCCCCAUCUUCUCAUGUGUACGCAUGCUAUAUUGGAACAAUGUAAAUCUUUGUUUCAUUUGUUUAGUUUUUUAUUUGGUUGA